UGGAAACACCACUGUCCCUGUCGGGAAAACAGAAUAACUCUCCAGUAUCUCGUCAUUAGCUUGCUGGAAGCAGCUAGAACAGGGCUAUGCUCCUGGGACUCUGGCGUUUUUCUCGCCUUGUGCUCUGGUUUGCGGCUUUCAGGAAACUGCUGGGACACCAUGGCCUUGCGUCCUCCAAGUUCCUGUGGUGCUUGUGCCUCCUGGUUGUCAUGUACCUUCCGCAGCAGGUGUGGACACUCCCCUACAAGAUAGGGGUGGUGGGCCCUUGGGCUUGUGAUUCGCUGUUUUCAAAGGCCCUGCCUGAGGUUGCUGCGCGAUUAGCCAUUGAGCGAAUCAACCGGGACCCAUCUUUUGACCUGAGUUACUCUUUUGAAUAUGUGAUUCUCAAUGAAGAUUGCCAGACUUCGAGGGCCCUCUCCAGUUUCAUUUCCCACCACCAGAUGGCCUCAGGAUUUAUUGGACCUACCAACCCUGGCUACUGCGAGGCAGCCUCGCUCCUGGGAAACAGCUGGGACAAAGGGAUUUUCUCUUGGGCUUGUGUGAAUUAUGAAUUAGACAAUAAAAAUAGCUACCCGACCUUUUCUCGGACACUCCCUUCUCCCAUUCGGGUGCUUGUAACUGUCAUGAAAUAUUUCCAGUGGGCUCAUGCUGGAGUCAUUUCCUCAGAUGAAGACAUUUGGGUGCAUACAGCCAAUCGAGUCGCAAGUGCUCUGCGGAGCCACGGCUUACCUGUAGGGGUCGUCCUGACCACAGGACAAGACAGCCAAAGCAUUCGGAAAGCUCUCCAGAGGAUUCACCAGGCAGACCGAAUUCGCAUAAUCAUCAUGUGUAUGCAUUCAGCUUUGAUUGGGGGAGAGACUCAGACGCAUCUCUUGGAAUGGGCUCAUGAUCUGAAAAUGACUGAUGGAACCUACGUCUUUGUUCCCUAUGAUGCCCUGCUCUACAGUUUACCUUAUAAGCACACCCCCUACCAGGUCCUAAGGAACAACCCAAAGCUCCGGGAAGCCUAUGAUGCAGUGUUGACCAUUACAGUGGAGUCCCAAGAAAAGACCUUCUAUCAAGCCUUUACAGAGGCAGCAGCAAGAGGUGAAAUUCCUGAGAAGCUGGAGUUCGAUCAAGUUUCACCGUUGUUUGGAACCAUCUACAAUUCAAUUUACUUUAUCGCACAAGCCAUGAAUAAUGCUAUGAAAGAAAAUGGACAGGCUGGUGCUGCCAGCCUGGUUCAGCAUUCCAGAAACAUGCAGUUCUAUGGAUUCAACCAGUUGAUAAGGACAGAUUCAAAUGGAAAUGGAAUUUCAGAAUAUGUAAUCCUGGACACCAACUGGAAAGAAUGGGAACUCCAUAGCACCUACACUGUGGACAUGGAAAUGGAGCUGCUACGUUUCGGAGGGAUCCCUAUUCACUUCCCUGGUGGCAGGCCCCCUAGAGCAGAUGCAAAAUGCUGGUUUGCAGAAGGGAAGAUCUGCCAUGGAGGCAUCGAUGCUGCCUUUGCCAUGAUGGUCUGCCUUACUUUGCUUAUAGCCCUGCUGUUUAUUAAUGGAUUUGCUUACUUUAUAAGGCGUCGUAUAAAUAAAAUCCAGUUGAUCAAAGGACCCAAUAGAAUUCUACUGACUUUGGAGGAUGUAACGUUUAUCAACCCCCACUUUGGCAGUAAGAGAGGAAGUCGUGCCAGUGUAAGCUUCCAGAUUACCUCAGAGGUCCAAAGUGGGAGGUUCCCAAGACUCUCCUUUUCUUCAGGCAGUCUAACUCCAGCUACCUAUGAAAACUCCAACAUAGCGAUUUAUGAAGGUGAUUGGGUGUGGCUGAAAAAGCUCCCCCAUGGAGAUUUUGGAGACGUUAAGUCCAUCAAGUCAAGAGCAAGUGAUGUGUUCGAAAUGAUGAAGGACUUGCGUCAUGAGAAUAUUAACCCUUUAUUGGGUUUCUUCUAUGAUUCGGGGAUGUUUGCCAUUGUGACAGAAUUCUGUUCCCGAGGGAGCCUAGAAGACAUACUGACAAACCAAGAUGUGAAACUCGACUGGAUGUUUAAAUCAUCACUCCUGCUGGAUCUCAUAAAGGGCAUGAAGUACUUACACCACAGAGAGUUUGUUCAUGGGAGGCUAAAGUCUCGAAACUGUGUGGUAGAUGGGCGUUUUGUACUAAAAGUGACAGAUUAUGGCUUUAACGACAUCUUAGAAAUGCUGAGACUCUCUGAAGGGGAAUCUUGUGUGGAAGAGCUGCUGUGGACUGCCCCUGAACUGUUGAGAACCCCAAGAGGCGGCAGGUUAGGUUCUUUUGCAGGAGACGUCUACAGCUUUGCCAUCAUCAUGCAAGAAGUGAUGGUCCGGGGUACCCCAUUCUGCAUGAUGGAUCUGCCUGCUCAAGAAAUCAUAAACAGACUUAAGAAGCCUCCUCCUGUGUACAGACCAGUAGUUCCUCCUGAGCAUGCCCCUCCAGAAUGUCUCCAGCUGAUGAAGCAGUGCUGGGCUGAGGCUGCAGAACAACGACCAACGUUUGAUGAAAUAUUUAACCAGUUUAAAACUUUUAAUAAAGGGAAGAAGACAAAUAUCAUUGAUUCUAUGCUUCGGAUGUUGGAGCAAUAUUCUAGCAACUUGGAAGAUUUGAUUCGGGAGCGGACUGAAGAGCUGGAAAUUGAAAAACAGAAAACGGAAAAGCUUCUAACACAGAUGCUACCGCCAUCAGUUGCUGAAUCUCUCAAAAAGGGCUGCACAGUUGAACCUGAGGGCUUUGACUUGGUCACCUUGUACUUCAGCGACAUUGUGGGCUUCACAACCAUUUCAGCCAUGAGUGAGCCCAUUGAGGUGGUGGAUCUUCUGAAUGACCUAUACACACUAUUUGAUGCAAUAAUUGGCAGUCAUGAUGUCUACAAGGUAGAGACCAUUGGAGAUGCCUACAUGGUGGCUUCAGGCCUCCCGAAGAGGAAUGGCAGUAGGCAUGCAGCUGAGAUUGCAAACAUGUCCUUAGAUAUCCUGAGCUCCGUGGGCACUUUCAAGAUGCGGCACAUGCCAGAGGUGCCAGUCCGAAUUAGAAUUGGCCUGCACUCAGGGCCGGUUGUUGCUGGAGUGGUGGGCCUCACCAUGCCCAGAUACUGCUUGUUUGGAGACACUGUGAACACAGCUUCUCGGAUGGAAUCAACAGGCUUACCUUAUCGCAUUCAUGUCAGUCUCAGCACUGUUACAAUUCUUCAAAAUCUGAGUGAGGGCUAUGAAAUGGAGCUUCGAGGAAGAACAGAGCUCAAGGGCAAAGGCACAGAGGAGACCUUCUGGCUGAUUGGGAAAAAAGGCUUCACGAAGCCCCUUCCUGUGCCCCCACCAGUGGACAAAGAUGGGCAAGUGGGCCAUGGCCUACAACCAGUGGAAAUUGCAGCCUUCCAAAGAAGAAAAGCAGAAAGGCAGUUGGUGAGAAACAAGCCAUAAGGGGCAAAGGGCUCCAAGAUUUGAAUCUUCUCUUGGUGAGGCAAUGGAAAAGCUCACUUCAGUUCAACAAAUUGUUCUGCUUGGGCAAGAAAUUAGUGAAUGACUACACCUCUGAGGAUGACCUAAUUCCAGUGUGAGCAGGACACUGGGAAGUAUUUUUAAAAGUUUCGCUCAGUACCCAGCUAUCACUAGCAAGGCCGUAUGAAUGUAAACUGCAAUAGAUGUGAACCUUAUUGAAGAGUAGAGAGCCACCUCCAAGUUUAGUCAUUCCAAAGUAGCAGGCCCAACUUGGAUGAAGAUGAGAAGCUCUCUAUUUUCACAGAAAAAAAGUAGGAGGCACUAUGUUUUCUUUUUCAUUUCAUUUUAAUCUCUAGAAAGUAUUUAAUGAACAUAAUUUAUGACUCAGAUACUAUAAGAUUAGUGCCAGGAAAAAAAAAAAAAAAAACCUUCACAAACAUACAUCUGAAUCCCAGUCUAUUGUGAUCUCAAUUGGCUGGAAUGCAUAAGGAAGAAGGAGGGAGAAGAGUCUGGUUAAUUGUGUUGUUUGGAUAACUGAAGGCUAAGAAGUUUCUUUGUUUCCUUAUUGCUCAUUUUUCAAAAUCUUUCCAAAACUGUCACGGUCUCUUUUCCUAAGUUGGGCAACAUAAUUGGAUUGUCCUUGCUAGAUGAGUAUUUCAUUGCGACUCAGGGUAGUAUUCUAAACAUGACAGAAUAAAUGUAAGAUAUGUUGUCAGGGUAAAAUAUAUAAAAAUCAUGGAUUGAACUGAGCGAUUCCCUUAAAGUUUUGUACUUUCCCUCCCUUUUCCUGCCCACCCUGCCUUUCAACCCUCUACUCCUUCUCCUAAAAUAAAUCCCUUUGAACAUUUGUUUUUACUUUAUGCUUUUAGUUUUCCAGAUUCCACUUUCAAGGGGUUAUUGGCAGUGGCUUGCCGCAGUCACGUGGACCAAAGCAAUAAGGCUUAAGUCUCAGGCAUGUUUAAAAUAGUUAAGCAAGCUUUUCCUCUUGUUUAUUAUAUUUAAAAAAUCUCCUUAUUAAAACAGCUGAACCCAAACAUAUCAGCUAGUAAAGCAGUUAAUUCUUUUUAGUACAACCUCUUUUAAAGAAAUAAAUGCCUAAGGUAUAAUUUGAUACCUUUCUCACUAUUAUUUAAUUUUUCCACUAUCAACUCACCCUGAAUCUGAGCUUAGAGUCAAAAGUUCUUCCCAGCAGUUUUCCUUCAACCUUUAGUCAAAGGCCCUUGGACUACUUAUCUCUUAACAGAAUCCAACUUCUGUCAGCCUCUGGUGGUCUAUUUACCAUGCCAAAGCUGUUCAAGAGGACGCAGAAAAGGCUUAAGUUACCUUUCAACUUCCUUGAGCUGAGUUUCUAACUCCUUUUUCCAGACAUAUCAGAGAAGGACACAUAAAAUAUCAUCCUCUAUUUUUAUCAAGGUCUUAGUCAAAAACUGAGCUUUUAAGACCUAACUAGAAGUUUGGGCGACAAAUGUAAUAAUGUUUAUUUGUUUAACAAUCCAGGAAAGUUGAGGAAUUUGCAAGCUGUUUAUGGAAUAUGGUGGUGGUGUGGGGCUUGGAAUUAUUCAUAUUGAAAUCCUGUGAAAGGUCUAGGAUAUACAAGGCAUAUGUUUUCUCUUUCUCUCACCCUAGGGCAAAGGGCUCCAAGAUUUGAAUCUUCUCUUGGUGAGGCAAUAAAAAAGCUUUUCUUCUUCCAGAGAUGGUAGCAUUAUCCUGCAGUAUACAUAUGGAAGGAUAAUUGAGGGCAAGGGAGUGGGAGUGGGGCUGCAGCUCCAGAUCCUCCAUGAAUUUGUAUUCUCCCAAACACAGUUCAGUUAUUUAGCCCUAGGACCUACAGCUCCAGCGUGGGCGUGCAAAAUGAACGUUGCUCAGCCAAAAUCUUUUAUUAAGCAACAAAACCCACUGAGAGUGAUUCCUAACUUUGUAUCUGAUCCUAUCCCCUAUUUCCCUCCUUAGUAUUUCUCUAGUCCAGCAUGUCAACCAAGUUUAUCUUGUCAAGCCUACUAAUUCUGUCUUGUUCAUGAUCACAUCUCCCUUUGCUUGAUUUUAUCAUGAGGCCCUUUGUAAAACUAUUCCAUCCAUUUUUAGAUUCUUUUUCAUUAAGGCCUUCUGCAUUGACCAAAACUAAGCUUUCUUCAAUUUUUCUUAGUGCUUUAAUUAUCUGAUCAGAAGAAAAACCAUUCCCUACUCUCAUAUACUAUUUGAUUUAUUUAGUGAGGUACAGCAUGAUUCUCACAUACAGCUGAUUAUUUCUCUAUUUGUCUGUUGCUACUAGCACACUGGCUUGAGUUGGUCAUUAAGAGGGAGUAAAAAUUUCUUCCCAGUUGUUUUCCUAAGUACCCUUAUAUUCCUUGUAUAAAAUAAAUUAUUUAGAAAACAAUUCAAAUAAAGUUUUCAAACAAAUUUAAAUUUAUCUUAUCACAUCCCUCAUAUCUGCUUGUUUUCUUGUGAUUUAUGUUUUAAAAAUAAAUUAUUGGAAAAACAAAGCCAAAUGUGAAUGGACUGCAAGUUAGGUUUUGCUUAUUUGAGGUUUUACUGUACUUUACAACAUAACUUAAUAAAGUGAUCAUCCCAUGGGGAAUUA